ACUCCAGUUGUUACACGACAACGAAUGCCAUAUCAAACAUAUGUAACCUGAUUUUAUCUUGAUUAAGGCAAAGCAUAAGAUUACAUGUUUACUGAUAGUGGCACCUGAAGAGAGAAAAAAAUGUUUUUUGAAGAGAGAAUUUUUUUUUUUUAGGAAGACAGAAACAUUUUUAAGACUUAAGCUCAGGAAGGAACUGAGACACUAUUUUUUAAUUUUUUUUUUCACCGUAAUUUCUUUUCCCCUACCUUGCGGUUCAGGGCUUCCAUAGGAUGUCAACCGCCGGAAAACAAGAAGAAGAAGAAGAAGAAGAAGAAGAAGAAGAAGAAGAAGCAGAAGAAGAGGAAGAGGGGUUUCUGGAGGAGGCUGACAGCUGUUGCUAACGUGCUAACUCACAUUGUUAGGUGUUUUUAAGUGUCUAAAAGCUAAAAAAUGGCCGAUGAUCAAGGAGAUGGAAUACCUACCCUGCCCUGCAUCUGUGUCACAAGUUGUGAUUCCAGCUUUAAAGAAGAGGAGCUCAUCAGACAGAUCUUGGGCAUGGAAUCACUACAACAAGCUACCAAAACAGAGGAAGGAGUUUCUUGGUAUCCAUGGACAAUCAACAACAUGUAUUACACUGCAAAUGUCAGCCUAUGUGUUGUUCCAAGUACAUUUGACAUGAAUGCAGAAGUUGCCAGGUCUAUGCAAGCAUUCAUUGUUUACUUUGACAGCAAAACUAAAGAUGGCCUUAGUAAUGUGAAUUCCUGGUUGUCAAUAGUGGAGGAACUGGCUCCAGAAGUGUUGAUUCUAGUGUGUGACCAUGUGUAUGACAGAGGUACUGGACGACACGAGGCCCAGCAAUGGUGUCUGGCGCACGCAUUUGAAUUAGUGGAGCUCAACCCUCAAGACCUUCCUGAUGAGGACGACGACUUCCCAGAGUCCACCGGAGUAAAACGUAUCAUGCAAGCUCUCAACGCCAACGUGUGGUCCAGUGUCGAGAUGAAAGAUGAACACAGUCAGGGAUUUGGUCUGAUGAGCAGCCUGGUUGCCUCUCGUCACAACAAUCCACGACCAAGUCAAGAGAUACUGUCCUGUAAUUCCCCAUCCAAUAGUACAGAUGAAGGCACUGACAGCCAAAGAGAAGAGAAUAAUCCGAAUAAUACAGUAGAUGCAUCAUUUGAUCCCAUGAUUGAUAUAGACAUCCAAGAGUUGGCCAGUCUCACAGCUGGAGAUGCUGAUGUGGAGAAUUUUGAACGGCUGUUUACAAAAUUGAAAGAAAUGAAAGACAAGGCUUCUUCCUUACCACAUGAACAGAGGAAAGUACAUGCUGAAAAGGUUGCUAAAGCAUUCUGGAUGGCCAUUGGUGGAGACCAGGAUGAGAUCGACGGCUUGUCUUCAGGGGAGGAGAGUUAAGGCCUAAGUAACUCUUAACCAGAUUCCACUGUGGAUCCUCAGCCCACCCCUGAACCCAAGUCAUUCCAAUUGUGCCCAGCCCAGUCCUGCCUGAAACCAAGAUUCGACUACAGGAACAUGCAAUGAGGUGGUGGAAAAAAACAGCAAUAAAAGUUUUUGUGAUACUGCUGUGACUGUAAUCUCAACAUCCAACACGUCAAUUAGUCAGUGCGCAGGGUCAUUAUGGGCUUUUAAACAUUAUAAUGAGAAGGAUAAGAGGCGUUGCAGCGGGCAGGACUGCAGCCCCGUACAAGGGUCUGCCAAGUAGAGCUUUUUGAUACAACAUAUGCUAAGAGGACAGAGGAGUUGAAAGUAGAUGUAUUUUAAAUGUGUUUUUCCUUUAUUUUUCAAGAUGUAAAUCAGAAUUAAGGACUGUGCUUAUGCAUGUCAUUAGGUCUUCAUCAAUUAAAAGAAUGAUCUGUUGAAUCUGAGUAAAUGUUAUGUUCUGUUGUUUUUUCUGUUUAUGUUUGACCAGUUCAGGUCUCACAGGCCUAUCUGUCUUCAAGUUUUGCACAUCCAUCAGUUGAGAAAUGCGCUUGACUUCUUGAAAAUCAUCACUAGAAGGUUGGAGCAAAUAUGUUCUUAAUCCAGUUUAAACACAUUUUAUUAUUAAAACUUGGAUAACAAAAGUCAGCACAAUGAAUGCAAGGAAACAAGAAAAUGUCAGCAUACAUUUCUGAAAAGAAAAACAAAAGGCAUGAUCAUUCAGGGCAAACAAGAACUAAGCACUGCCGGUUUAAGAAAGUAAGUACUAAAACUAAGACAAAGAAAGUUGCAUUUAGUUCUCCUAAAUGAGAGUUCAAGAAAAGAAAUGGGAUACUUCAAAAGCAACAUUCCAACAAAAGGACAAAUCUACUGUAAAUAAAAAUCUCAACAGUUCACUGUAUGCUUUGGGCCUGUUGAGUUAAAGUGGAGGAACCAGAAAGGUCCAUGGUAAAAGACAGUUGGGGUUAAAGGUACAGUUUACCCAAAAAAUUAAAAUUCUCUCAUUUACUCACCCUCAUGCCAUCCCAGAUAUGUAUGACUUUCUUCUGCAGAACACAAAUUAAGAUUUUUUGAAGAAUAUUUCAGCUCUGUAGGUUCAUACAAUGCAAGCGAAUAGUGGCCAGAACUUAGAAGCUCCAGAAAGGACAUAAAGGCAGCAUAAAAGUAAUCCAUAUGACUCCAGUGGUUAAAUCCAUGUCUUCAGAAGCAAGAUGAUAGGUGUGGGUGAGAAACAGAUCAAUAUUUAAGUCCUUUUUAAAUAUAAAUCUCCACUUUCACUUUUUGAAAAUACAAAUGGCGAUUUGUAUUUUUCAUGCAUAUUGCAACCUACUGGUCAGGGAGUAAAAUUUAUAGUAAAAAAGGACUUAAAUAUUUAUCUGUUUUUCACCCACACCAAUCACCGCUUUUGAAGACGUAUAUUUAUCAACUGGAAUUGUAUGGA